AUAAUUUAUUGCCAAAACGACCAGUACAGUUUCAACAAGCAGAUAAUGAAUUUGAAAUUGCUUUAAUAGACGAAGAAAAUGAUACAACCUCAAUAUCUACCUUAUUGCACGAACCUACAAUGAAACAAAUUGACCAAUAUACAAAAUUUCAAUUGCAAAAAAAGUGCAAGGUGUUAUUUCUUCGAACUAGAAAUAAUAAUACGGUAUUAUAUGAAGAAAUAAUUAUUAGAGUUUGCAAAAUCACCAAACUGGACAAAAGGCUAGGAUCUUUAACUAAAGACAUUGAUGGAUGGUAUAAUUUGUAUUGUCACAAAUUUCAUAUUGCGGUAGUAAAGUUGGCAACCGAAUUUAGAUCAAUAAAUGAAAGCUCAAUAAUAAAUAAUACAGAGGAACUAUUAAAAUUAGAUGAAUUUGUUUCGGUCAAAGUAUGGAAACCUGUAUUACAAAUGCAUCUAAGAGCAACUGAUCAAGCAAAAUUAAGACAAAUGCCUAAAAUUUUUACAAAACUUGGUGUUUUUAUACACCAGAUUAUCAAAGCUAUUCUUAUUGCUCAAGACAAUAAUAAGGAUAUACAAAAUAUUAUCAAAAAGUGUGAUGAAUACACUAUCGAUCUGAAAAUCUCUACUAAACUUGGAAUAGUAAAGUUGUUACCAGUGCAAAAACUUUUAGAUUGUUAA